UAGACUGGACUAUGAUCAGGGCAAAACAUAAGACUGGAUUAUGAUGAAAGCACAACAUAGACUGGCCUCUCUCUGCAGUGGUACGUUUAGCGAUACAUAACAUGCAUGCACUCUCAGACCUGAGUCACCAGAAUCAUUUAAGUUCUCGCGAUGUUUCCAUGUUCGCGUGAGGGAAAGCAGUAUGGCAGCCGUGGCGCUGAGGUCCUGCCGCAGAGGACUUUCGCAAAUCAUCAGCAAUGUCGGGGUCUCUUCUGUAUUGUCCACGCGUUUUGAAGGAGGACCAAGGCAUGUACAAUGUACCUCGGGUGUAAGACACAAGUCUACGGUUCAGUUCGCCACCCGGCCCGACCUUCCCAAGCUGGCCUACAGACGGGUGAAGGGGAAGAGCCCAGGGGUGGUGUUCCUGCCCGGGUAUGGGUCAAACAUGAACGGACAGAAGGCUGAGGCCCUGGAGGAGUUCUGCAGGUCUUUGGGACAUGCCUAUCUCAGGUUCGACUACACGGGCCACGGUGCCUCAGAGGGGGUGUUCACCGAGGGGACCAUCGGCACCUGGAAGAAAGACGUCCUGUACGUCCUGGACGAGCUGGUGGAGGGACCGCAGAUCAUGGUGGGUUCCAGUAUAGGCGGCUGGCUGAUGUUGCUGGCAGCCAUCGCCCGGCCAGAGAAGACCGCAGCUCUCGUGGGCAUCUCUACUGCGGCGGACCACCUGGUCACAGCCUUCAACACUCUUCCGCUUGAGACGCGCAAGGAGUUUGAGGAGAAAGGCGUGUGGACAGUGCCCACCCGGCACUCGGAGGACGGCGAGUACCGCUUCAACAUGGAGUUCCUGCGCGAGGCGGAGAACCACCGCGUGCUGCAGAGCCCCAUCCCGGUCACCUGCCCCAUCCGCCUGCUGCACGGCCUGAAGGACGAGGACGUGCCCUGGCACGUCUCCAUGCAGGUGGCGGAGCGUGUGCUCAGCGGCGACGUGGACGUGAUCCUGCGGCGCCACGCGCAGCACCGCAUGGCCGAGAAGGACGACAUCAAGCUGAUCGUGUACACCAUCGACGACCUCAUAGACAAGCUGACCACAAUGGUCUGAGGGCUGAGGGGACAGGAAGAAUAUGAGAGCAUGGUAGUCAUACAGGAAACCCCAAAAUAUCGGCCACGACCCCGUUUCCCUUCGAGCCAAAGUGUGGACCCUUGUUCCCGCAUCAUUCACCUGUCCACGUGUUCUGUUCUUCUACCCAUGUCUUCCCUUUUUGGGGUUGGGGGGAGGGGGGGGUCAACCCCAAAACAUGCCAUUCGGACAGUGCAUACACUACAGUGUAGACGGGUGACCCAUCCGGCUCAUUCUCUCCAGGUCAUGUUUGCAUAGCACUUGUUCCCGUUCAGGGCCUCCUCUCAGUUUCUAGUGGAGGGCCGCUGUGAUGUUCUUCUCGGCUUGCCACUGAUUUUUCUGUUUUCUUCCUCUUGUUUGUCUUUCUCCAUUAGACAGCCUUAGUUUGUCCUGUGCCUUUUUAAUAUCCUGACACGUUGUGGCCAAUAAAGACUAUCCACAACA